UGGAUACAGUGAUCUUGAAGUCCUCUUGAAGCUGAAAACUUCAAUGUAUGGCCAUAAUGGCACUGGCCUUGAAGAUUGGGUGGCUUCUCCUGCAUCUCCUUCAGCUCAUUGUUUCUUUUCUGGAGUCACGUGUGAUGAGGACUCACGUGUGGUGUCGCUAAACGUGUCGUUUAGAAAUCUUUCUGGUUCAAUUCCUCCAGAGAUUGGGCUGUUGAACAAGCUGGUGAAUCUAACCUUGGCAAGCAAUAAUCUCUCGGGGGAGUUUCCUGUUGAGAUAGCUAUGCUUACAUCUCUCAGGAUUUUGAAUAUUUCCAACAAUGCUAUUGAUGGGAAUUUCCCUGGAAAAAUCACACUUGGCAUGACACAGCUUGAGGUUCUUGAUAUCUACAACAAUAAUUUUUUGGGUUUAUUGCCAACUGAAAUUGUAAACCUGAAAAAUCUCAAGCAUGUUCAUCUUGGAGGGAAUUUCUUCUCUGGCAUAAUACCGGAGGAGUACUCGGAGAUUUUGAGCUUGGAGUACUUGGGCUUGAAUGGUAAUGAGCUUACAGGCAAAAUACCUUCAAGCUUGUCGAAGUUGAAGAAUCUCAAGAGGUUGUGCAUUGGGUACUUUAACAAAUAUGAGGGAGGUAUUCCACCUGAAUUUGGGUCAUUGAGUAAUCUUGAAUACCUUGACGUUGCUUCUUGUCAACUUAAGGGUGAGAUUCCUUCCACUUUAGGCCAAUUAACCCACCUGGAUUCGUUGUUUCUUCAAUUCAAUAAUCUCACUGGCCAUAUCCCUUCUGAAUUAUCUGGUCUAUUUAGCUUGAAAUCACUCGAUCUUUCAAUCAACAACCUCACCGGGGAGAUACCAGAGAGUUUCUCUGCCUUGAAAAACAUAACACUAAUCAAUCUCUUUCAAAACAAGCUGCACGGUCCAAUCCCAGAAUUUGUUGCUGAUUUUCCAAACCUUGAGGUGCUUCAGGUUUGGGGAAACAACUUCACGUUUGAGCUUCCUAAAAAUCUUGGCCGAAAUGGGAAGCUGAAGUUGCUGGAUGUAUCUUAUAAUCACUUGACAGGAUUGGUUCCGCGGAGUUUAUGCAAUGGUGGGAGAUUGGAGACGUUGAUUCUCAUGAACAAUUUCUUCAUUGGAUCGCUUCCUAAAGAAAUUGGCCAGUGCAAGUCCUUGCACAAAAUCCGAAUCAUGGAUAAUAUGUUUACCGGAACUCUACCUGCUGGGAUCUUCAAUUUGCCGUUGUUGAACCUUGUUGAGUUGAGCAAUAACUUUUUCUCUGGCGAGCUUCCACCACAGAUUUCAGGAGCUGCACUGGGCUUUUUUUCAGCUUCUAACAAUCGGAUUACAGGUAAAAUCCCGCCGGCCAUUGGGUAUCUGAAGAAUUUGCAGCUUCUAUCAUUGGAAAUGAACAGACUUUCUGGUGAAAUUCCUGAUGAAAUCUUCGGACUGAAGUCCCUCACCAAGAUCAGCAUCCGUGCUAACAACAUUAGUGGUGAAAUCCCAGCUUCGAUGUUCCACUGCACUUCACUUACAUCCGUUGAUUUCAGCCAAAACAGCCUCUGUGGGGGGAUUCCUAAGGAAAUUGCUAAACUGAAGGAUUUGAGCUUUCUUGAUCUCUCUCGAAAUCAACUUACUGGUCAACUACCAGGUGAAAUCCGAUACAUGAUAAGCCUGACAUCCCUCAAUCUCUCCUACAACAAUUUAUUUGGCAGGAUCCCUUCUGUCGGUCAAUUCCUGGCGUUCAAUGACAGCUCAUUUCUUGGAAAUCCAAAUCUCUGUGCAGCAAAAAACGAUACUUGCUCCUUUGGUGGUCAUGGCCAUAGGGGGUCCUUUAGCACUUCAAAGAUAAUAAUCAUUGUCAUUGCACUUGUUACUGUGUUGCUGCUAAUAGUAGUGACAGUUUACAGAUUGAGGAAGAAGAGGCUGCAGAAAUCACGGGCCUGGAAGCUCACUGCAUUCCAAAGGCUCGAUUUCAAGGCAGAGGAUGUGCUUGAGUGCUUGAGAGAAGAAAACAUUAUAGGCAAAGGUGGUGCUGGGAUUGUCUACCGCGGGUCAAUGCCAGAGGGUAUCGAUCAUGUUGCAAUCAAGCGACUUGUUGGUCGAGGCAGCGGAAGAAGUGAUCAUGGCUUCUCGGCUGAGAUUAAAACUCUUGGAAGAAUCAGGCACCGGAAUAUUGUAAGGCUGUUGGGUUACGUAUCGAACAAGGACACCAACUUGCUGUUGUAUGAGUACAUGCCUAAUGGGAGCUUAGGGGAGCUUUUGCAUGGUUCAAAGGGAGGCCAUUUGCAGUGGGAAACAAGGUACAGAAUUGCUGUGGAGGCUGCCAAGGGACUCUGUUAUCUUCACCAUGAUUGCGCUCCUUUGAUUAUUCACAGGGAUGUCAAGUCCAAUAACAUAUUGCUUGAUUCGGAUUUUGAGGCUCAUGUUGCUGAUUUUGGACUGGCCAAGUUCUUACAAGAUCCAGGUGCAUCAGAAUGCAUGUCCUCCAUUGCUGGCUCCUAUGGUUACAUUGCUCCAGAGUACGCAUACACCCUGAAAGUGGACGAGAAAAGUGAUGUUUACAGUUUUGGUGUCGUGCUGCUGGAGCUGAUAGCAGGAAGAAAGCCAGUAGGGGAGUUUGGAGAUGGGGUGGACAUAGUGAGGUGGGUCCGGAAGACCACAUCAGAACUCUCUCAGCCAUCUGAUGCAGCUUCAGUCUUGGCAGUUGUGGACCCCAGGCUAAGUGGGUACCCUCUAACAGGUGUCAUUCACUUGUUUAAGAUAGCUAUGUUGUGUGUUGAGGAUGAGAGCUCAGACAGGCCUACCAUGAGGGAAGUUGUCCACAUGCUCACUAACCCUCCACAAUCUGCCCCAAGCCUCCUCACCCUUUAG